AUGACGACCACGGUGAACGCGACGCCCCAGGCGGUCAUGUCGCUGGUCACGAAGCUGUCGGAAUCAGACCCUGACUAUCGCUUCAUGGCCCUGAAUGAUCUGAUUGCUCUUUUCGAGAAAGGAAAACCCGACUUUCUCCACCAUGACUACAAUGUUGCUGCCCGCACUGUCGACAGCAUCAUCAGGACUCUAGAUGACCAGAACGGCGAGGUCCAGAACCUGGCGAUCAAAUCUCUCGGCCCGCUCGUUACCAGAGUGCCUUCCAACAUUAUCGCCCCCAUGCUCGAGAAGCUCUCGUCGAUAAAGCUUAGAAACUCUGUCGACAAUGCGGUUCCGUCGCUGGCCCUCCGGGCCGCCAUCAUGUCGCUGCCCCGCCCAACACCCGGUGUGCCUGUCACAAGGGAUGUCCAGGAAGCAUACACAGCCGUCAGCCGCGUCCUGAUACCCCGCAUGGUCGGUCCCGGCAAGCUUCAGCCCUCACAAUCCAAGGUUCCUCUCCCGAACAUGCCGGAAGGCAUUCUGCAGAGCGACGCGGACCUGAAUGCUGAGUCGGUAGACGUGCUUAUUGAGAUUGUGAGAUCGUUCGGUCCAAUGCUCCUGCCCGCCGAAAUCGACGCCAUGCAGGACACAGUCAUCAGCAUUCUCGAGCACGACCGCGGCUCAUCCGUGGUCAAGAAGAGGGCCGUGGUGGCUGUGUCCAUCCUCGCGUCACAUCUGUCGGAGCAGCUUCUCGAGCAGAUGGUCUCUAGGAUGGCCGCUGUUCUAGCGAAGCCCGACAUCUCCGCCGUCACCCGCCGAUUGUACAUCACCAUCAGCGGCUCGGUCGCUCGUUCGACCCCCCACCGCUUUGGACCACACUUGCAAACCCUCGCACCGUUCCUGUUUAAGGCCCUGGGCGAGGAGGAGCUCGCCGAGCACCUCGAGGCCAUCAGCGAUGGCGACGACUUGGGCCAGGACUUUAACGAUGUCCGAGAGGCUGCGCUGACCGCCUUGGAAGCCUUCCUUGCCUCAUGCCCGGCCCAGAUGGAGGCUUUUACAAAUGAAACGAUAACCGCCACUCUUCGCUUCCUCCGAUAUGAUCCCAACUCGGCUGUGGAUGAUGACGAAGAAGAGAUGGAUGUUGAUGAGGAAGAUGAUUUUGAAGACGAAGAAGACUUUGACAUGGGAGGUGAGUUUGACGAUGAUGACGAUGCCAGCUGGAAGGUGCGUCGGUGCGCAGCAAAGGCUUUGUACACCUUCAUCUCCACCAGAGGCAGCGGAGAGCUCCUCGAGAAGGGGGUCCUGUACCAAAGAGCCGGAAACGUAUUGGUCAAGAGAUUUGAGGAGCGCGAGGAAAAUGUGCGCCUCGAGAUCAUUAGCUGUUUGGCCCUCCUCGUGCGUAAGACGGGUGAGGAUCUCUACCCAGGUUCUGCCUGGAACCUCGACAACCCCGAUGACGAAGCCCCUAGCCAAGCCCCCAUCAACAGGAAACGGAGACGACAAAGCAGUGUGGCCGAACCCGGCGCCGCGUCUCCGGUGCUCGAAAAGGCCCCUGCCACUGGACCUCGUGCCGACCUCGUUCGCCUCACUCCCAGUAUUGUGAAGGCAUCAAACAAGCUUCUCAAGGGCAAGGUCAUUUCGACCAAGCAGGCCAUUUUCAGCCUGUUUGACGAUAUUGUCAAGGUACAGCGUGGAGGUCUGUCUGAUUACUUUGGUGAUAUCAUGGGGCCUACCAUUGAAGCGGUCAAGUCCACUGGUUCCGCCGGCUUCUCAUCUUCCCUGGCAGCAGCUGGAGGCAGCGCAUCCGCCACACCGGGAACUCUCCGCGUUGCUUCCCUUCGGCUCGUCAGUGAUAUCGCCAAGACGCAUUCUUCUAGCGUUCUGCAGCCAUACCUGCCUCAGCUCGUUGCCGCUGUUGUUGCCGCUGUCAACGAUCGCUUCUACAAAAUUUCGUGCGAGGCCAUGAGGACUGUGGAAGAACUCGUGAGGAACAUCACCCCUCCACGUUCUGGAGUCAAUGCGCAAAAGUUCAAGUCGGAGCUUCAGAGCCUGUAUGAUAUUAUUUUCAAUCGCAUUACACAGGCUGGAGUCGACACGGAGGUCCGCCAGCGGGCUAUUCAAGCUCUUGGUGUGCUGCUGGCGCGCACCAUCAGCUCAGAGGGCUCAAGCCUCAUCCCGGCCGAGAAGCGACGGGCGGCAAUGGACGUGCUGGCUGACAGGGUCAAGAGCGAGACGACGAGGCUCGCAAGCGUUCGCGCCAUCGACACCAUCGCUUCCUACACAACAAGCCCGGGUCAACUCGAGAAGUCAUGGAUCCAAGACGUCGCGCUGGAGCUCGCGGCACAGCUCCGAAAAUCCAACCGAGCCCUGCGCACUUCUAGUAUUCAGGGUCUGAAGCAUCUCGUUUCGUCUCCCACGAGCAAAGGCCAACUGGAGCCCGAGACGAUCAAGGGUCUGGUCUCUUCGCUCGGCUCCGUUGUCAGCAACAACGAUACCCACCUCCUAGCACCGGCACUUCUCGUGCUGGCGCAACUGGUCGAAGAGAAUGCAGCGUUGGUCAUGACACCCGAAAUGACGAACACGCUCUGCGAGCUGCUUAAGUCUGCGUACGCGAGCAUUGCAUUGGACCAGCUCCUGAUCCUCGUGAACAAGGUCGGCGAGAGCGGCACCGGACAGCCACUGAUGAACGGUCUAUUGCAAACGGUUAGUAUCGAGGGCGACCCCGUCGUGGUUGGCAAGGUCAUCGGCACCCUGCUCGUGGCUAGUGGCAAAUCGACAGGGGUGACGCUUGACAGCUUCAUCUCGGAGCUUCAGACCAGCUCGCAGACCAAAGACGAUGCGCGCGUCAGCCUCGCGCUGGCCGUGCUGGGCGAGGCAGGCCUGCGCCUCGGGGCCAAGUCGCCUCUGCAGCCAGACCUGUUCCUGAAGCAGUUCCAUGGCGAGCCCGACAACGUGUCGAUGGCCGCUGCCGUGGCUCUCGGUCGCGCCGGCUCGGGCCAUGUCGCACAGUACCUGCCGGUCAUUCUGGAGACGAUGAAGAAGGGCGGCAACACGCAGUAUCUGCUGAUCCAGUCGAUCAAGGAGAUUCUCCACCUGAUCACGGCGCAGUCGGUGGACAUUCGACAGUACGCUGAGCCCAUCUGGCAGCAGCUCUUGGCAGCCUCGACAAACCCGGAGAACACGGUCGUGUGCGCAGAGUGCGUGGGCAGGCUGGUCAUUGUCGACCCCAAGACGUACAUGCCGGCGCUGCAGUCGCUCCUCAAGGACAGCUCAUCGGGUGUUCGCGGCAUGGCGGUGCAGGCGGUGCGGUAUACGCUGCCCGACAGUGACGACGCGCUCGACGCCAUGUUCCGGGACGUGCUCCUGGAGAUGCUGCUGACGAUGCUGGACGACGCCAAGAUGGACAACCGGCGGCUGGCCAUGUCGACGCUCAACUCGGCGGCGCACAACAAGCCGGACCUCAUCCUGCCGCACCUGGGGCAGCUGAUGCCGUUUGUGCUGGUCGAGUCCAAGGUCAAGCCGGAGCUGAUCCGCGAGGUGCAGAUGGGGCCGUUCAAGCACUACGUGGACGACGGGAUCGAGGUGCGCAAGAGCGCGUACGAGAUGCUGUACGCUCUUAUGGAGACGGCGUACGCGCGGAUCAACAAGCUCGACCUCUACGACCGGAUCGUUGCGGGACUCAAGGACGACAAUGACAUUCGGGCGCUGUGCAACCUCAUGGUGACGAAGCUCGUGGUCAUGGACCCCGAAGAGACGACGCGGCGGCUCGACGCGCUGGCCGAGGCGUACCGCGGGGUGCUCGCGACGAAGCUCAAGGAGGGGUCGGUCAAGCAGGAGGUGGAGAAGCAGCAAGAGGCCAACCGCAGCGUGCUCCGGGUGACGCUGCUGCUCGCCGACCGGAUCACGCGGGCGACGGGCGGGGGCGUGUCGACGGCGACGGCGAUGGCGACGGCGACAACACCAGCAGGAGGCCAGGGUGCGUCGGGCACGGGUUCGAGCGCGACGUGGGACGCAUACUGGGAGUGGGUCAACAAGGACUUUCAGCCUCAGUUGAAGCAGCUGCGGGAGGAGAGCGAGCUGCACCGGGCGAAGCACGUGUGA